UUGUUGUUUUCUUCCUGAGGAGGAGCAGGCCGGAGGGCCAGCCACCCGCCGGCCGCGCAGCCCUCCGCCCCAAGGCCCGGCCCGCUGCCCCCCGCGUCUCGUCCCCCGCCCCGCGUCUCCGGGCCCCGGCUGGCCCGGCGGCCCCCCAGCUGGCUUGGUGGGGCGACGCUGAAGGCCGGGCCCAGCGAGCACUAUGGCGGCCGCCCUGGGAGCGGGCGGAGGAACCGGCGCUGGAGAUGAUGACUUUGACCAGUUUGAUAAGCCUGGUGCAGAGCGGUCCUGGAGGAGAAGAGCUGCAGACGAGGACUGGGACAGUGAACUUGAAGAUGACUUACUUGGAGAAGACUUGCUCUCUGGCAAAAAGAAUCAGUCGGAUUUGUCAGAUGAGGAGCUAAAUGAUGAUCUUCUACAGAGUGAUAACGAAGACGAAGAAAAUUUCAGUUCUCAGGGUGUCACAAUUAGUCUGAAUACCACAUCUGGCAUGGUCACAUCAUUUGAACUGUCUGACAACACUAAUGACCAGUCUGGAGAACAGGAAUCCGAGUAUGAACAAGGAGAAGAUGAACUCGUUUAUCACAAGUCUGACGGAUCUGAACUGUAUGCCCCUGAGUACCCGGAAGAAGGACAGUAUGAAGGCCACGGUGCUGAGCUGGCGGAAGACCACAUCCAGUACGUGGAGGAGCCGGAGGAGGAACAGCUGUACAGUGACGAGGUGUUAGACAUCGAGAUCAAUGAGCCUUUAGAUGAGUUCACAGAUGAAGAAUACUUGCAGGCUUGUGGGCAACAAGGGAUGAAAGAGCAGGAAGACUGUGUUGCUGAAGAGGAAUUAGAUGAGAUUACUGACUCCCAGGUUGCUCCUGAGACUCAAGAGGGAGGCAUGGAAACUUUGGAGCUGCAGAAGGACAUGAAAGAGGAGUCAGAUGAAGAAGAGGAUGAUGAUGAAGAAUCUGGACGAUUACGUUUCAAAACUGAAAGGAAAGAAGGAACAAUUAUUAGGCUCUCAGAUGUAACUAGAGAGAGAAGGAACAUUCCAGAAACUUUGGAGCUUUCAGCAGAAGCCAAAGCUGCAUUGCUUGAAUUUGAAGAAAGGGAGCGACAGCAUAAACAGGGACGCUACGGCUCAAGGCGGGGAGGAAGGAGAGGAGGUUCGUCCAUGUGUCGUGGAGUGGGAGACCAGAGGAGAGAGAACAGUGAGAGAGGAAGAGCCAAGGAUCACAGGCCCGCCCUGCUGCCCACACAGCCACCUGUGGUGGCGCACUCUCCGAGGUUAAUUCCUCCUCCACAGCCUCAGCCUCCCCCUCCGCCGCCACCGCCGCCGCCUCAGCAGCAGCCAAUCAGAAGUCUGUUCCAGCAGCAGCAGCUCCAGCCUCUGCUUCCCCUGCAGCAUCCGCACCAUCCCUCCCCUCCUCAAGGGAUGCAUCUGCCGCCCCAGAUCGAGGCCCCGAGGACGAUGAUGACCCCUCCUCCCGUGACUCCACAGCAGCCCAAGAACAUACACAUAAAUCCCCACUUCAAGGGGGCAGUGGUGACGCCGGUUCAAGUGCCCUUGCUGCCAGUCCCGAGCCAGCCGAGACCUGCUGUGGGGCCCCAGAGAUUCCCGGGCCCUCCAGAGUUCCCACAGCACACACCUGGACCUGUUCCCAACAGUUUCAGCCAGCCCCCGCGGCUUCCUCUUCAGGACCAGUGGAGGGCCCCGCCGCCUCCCCAGGAGCGAGACCCUUUCUUCUUAGGAGGUGAACCAAGGUUCCCGAGCCAUCUCUUUCUGGAACAGCGAAGUCCCCCUCCCCCGCCACCUCCUCCCACGCUUCUUAGCAGUGGUCACCCUGUGCCCACUCCCAGUCCCUUACCGUUCACCCAGCCUGGACCAGCGUUUAAUCAGCAAGGACAGCAGCCUGUGUUCCCCAGAGAGAGGCCCGUGAGGCCAGCCCUGCAGCCACCAGGGCCGGUGGGGAUUCUGCACUUCAGCCAGCCAGGGUCGGCAGCAGCACGGCCCUUCAUCCCUCCUCGGCAGCCCUUCCUGCCCGGCCCAGGACAGCCCUUCCUGCCCGCCCACACACAGCCUAACCUUCAGGGGCCCCUGCACCCCCCGCUGCCGCCUCCCCCACAGCCCCAGCAGCAGCCCCCGCUCCCGCCCCCGCUCCAGCCACCCUCGCAGCACCAGCCGCCGCCGCCGCCGCCGCCGCACCCGCACCAGCACCAGCACCAGCACCACCACCUCUCUGUUCCUCCCCCGCCCCUGAUGCCUGUGGCUCAGCCCCAGUUCAGGCCUCACAUGCAGACGGGGCCGCCUCAGCCAAACAGCAGUCGGACGCAGUGCCCCCAGCGCCAGGGGCUAAGGCAUAACACAACUUCUCAGAAUGUAACCAAACGACCAAUGCAGCAAAUGCAGCCAACUGCUCCGAGAAACAGUAAUUUGCGUGAAUUACCAAUAGCACCGUCACAUGUUAUAGAAAUGAGUAACAGUCGCUGCUCCUCCACACCGGCGGCUCAAGUAAAGCCCAUUAUCAGCACGUCACCGCCCACGAGGCCUGGGGUGGGGCCCAGGACGGCUGCGCAGGGGAAGGCGGAUGUGAAAGUCAAGCCCGUGAGCCCCGUGAGCCGGCCUCAAGAGGAAGCCAAAGCAGAACCAGAGUUUCCUGAUGAAGAUGAAGAAACGAGGUUAUACCGCUUAAAGAUAGAAGAACAGAAGCGCCUCCGGGAAGAGAUCCUGAAGCAGAAGGAGCUGCGGCGGCAGCAGCAGGCGGGCGCCAGGAAGAAGGAGCUGCUCGAGAGACUGGCGCAGCAGCAGCAGCUCUGCCCCCCGCCAGCCCUGGCCGGGCAGGGAGAACAGCUGUCGGCGCCGUCGCCCGCCAAUGGGAGCCCGCUGUUACCCUUCCCGGGGGCCCAGGCCAGACCGCAUGUGAAAAACAGACUUCUCGUGAAAAACCAAGAGGCCGCUGUUUCAAACGUUCCACCCAAAACAUCCAGUUUUGUGCCAUCUGGUGCUAACACGCAGUAUCAAGGACAGCAGAUGAAACCGCUGAAACAUUUGAGACAGGCCAGAACCAUACCUCAGUGUCCAGCUCAGCACAAAGUCCUGCAGGUAAAGCCUGCAGACGGGGAGGGGCCGCCACCCCCCUCACAAACUGCUCGAGCCGCGUCCCUCCAGGGCCGGCCCCCGGAGGCCAAGCCUGGCGCGAAAAGGACUGUCAUGCAUCGGGCCAACAGCGGUGGUGGAGACGGGCCGCACGUCAGCUCCAAGGUCAGGGUGAUUAAGUUGUCAGGCGGGCAGGGAGGAGAGAGCGAUGGCUUCUUUCACCUGGAGGGCCAGCCUCAGCGGCUCCCUCAGCCCGCAGAAGUGAGACAGCAGCCUGCCCGCAAGGUGACGCUGACCAAGGGGGCGCUUCAGCAGCCCCAGCACCCUCAGGUGGGGGCCCACGUGCACUCAGCCGGCCCUCCAGGCAUCAAGAGCAUCCAAGGAAUUCACCCGGCCAAGAAGGUCGUCAUGCACGGGAGAGGCCGGGGAAUGGCAGGUGCGAUGGGCCGGGGCCGCCUGAUGCCGAACAAGCAGAAUCUCCGGGUGGUCGAGUGCAAGCCUCAGCCCUGCGCCGUGUCUGUUGAAGGGCUUUCUUCAUCCACUACUGACGCCCAGCUGAAGAGCCUGCUGAUGUCAGUAGGACCCAUUCAGAGUUUACAGAUGCUUCCCCAGCAGCGGAAAGCCAUAGCCAAGUUCAAGGAACCCGCCCAUGCAUUAGCGUUUCAGCAGAAGUUCCACAGGCAUAUGAUAGAUUUGUCCCACAUAAAUGUGGCCCUGAUUGUUGAGUGAUUGCUGGCAGGAGAGCCUGACCGUAUUACACUGCACACACGCCGUGGAAUUUCUUCCCGGG